AUGUCGUUACGACCUGGGACUGGCAUAAAACGGUGGUCAAUCUGCGAUCUACCUAUACUUCCUUUUUUAGCGCCUCGAGUCUUUCAACCAUGGCCGGCCAGAGGCAGAAGUCGAAACUACACGACAUCAGAAACCGUAUCGCAUCAAGGGCGGCUUGAGCCUGAGCAUUCCCAGUCAAGGACCGAGGAGCUAGGUCAUGGAAACAGACCGAGAAGAGCUGGGCGAGAGGAAGCCUUCGCUAAAAACGACAGUCCUAUCUUCGCUCCCAUACUGCCACCGUCUAAACCUCGACGACCGUCCGCCGUAGGACCGGCACGGUACAGGUCAAACCUACAUGAGAAACUCGUUCGAAAGAACAAGCCAAGACCACGAUUCCCUCAAUAUAACUUCCCAUUAACUCCGAAAAGAACCGGCAGAAGCAUCGAUGUGUCGCUUUUUUUCAGAUUCAGCAACAGUCAACGUACAUUAGCCGCUCAAAAAGACCUAAUCCGCAGGAGCGGUCGUCGAUAUGUUGCUAAGUCCCUCCCGAAGGGCUUCAAAGGGAUAGAUCAGGAGAUAUCAUGUAUGAGAUUUGAUAGGAGCCUGGACAAUCUGCUCACGUCAAAUUUCGAUACUGAACCCCACCAAGAAGAGCUUGCGACUUUGCUGGAUUUACUGAAAACGUCUUCUACAUCAGUCGGAUUGUUAGCUCGAUGGAAAAAGCUUGAUAUAUACGACCGAGAGCAAAUCUGGCCCACGCUCCUGAUAAAGGUGGCAAGGGACUCUCCGCAUCAACUGAUGAAACUUUUGAGCGGCACUUGGGUCGCACCCCAUCCUCCCGUCGCUUUAAUGACGGACGCUGUGGACUUUGUUGUUUUUCAUCAUCUUAGUGGCUUGCGAGCAUCGGAGCAGAGCCAAAUGUCGGCUCUCGUUUUGUACAGAGCGAUCAAAGGGUUACUUCUGCAGGGCCCAUUCGCUUACGUUCAGCUAUCGCAGUAUUCCAUAUUUUUGUUAAUACAAAAUUUGGCGGAACCUGGUUAUAUUGCGGACGUUUACCACUUUCUAAAUCAGAUAGGCAACCCCCUGACGGUUGAUACGUUGUCCCACUUUGUCGCAAAACUGGCAAUAAACGACGAUCAUGGAAACCUCGCCUAUGAUAUAUUCAGGCGUAUCGGAGACAUGCAGCCCAACUUCAACGAUCACUCCCUUCAGAGCCUUUGUACUACAGUAUUAAUGCAUUCCCACCAAGAGAUGGAGUAUAGUCAUUCCGAGAAGUUUGAGUACAUGUUGAAGUGUGGCUUGACACCCAACAUCAUCACUUACAAUACCUUGCUCUUGAAACUCUUGAAGUCAGGAGACACGGCCGCGAGUUGGGAGAUAUUCAGAUUGAUGAAAGAAAACGGGCCUGAGCCAGAUGCUUAUACUAUGUCUACUCUUUUGAACGACGCAAAACUACGCAGGGACACAGCUUGUGUAUCCGAAAUUCUUGGCUUUGCACAGCAGAAAGGCGUUGAGUCUGCAAUUAUGACCACGGACAUCUUACACCUGACGUCUUUGGUAGUACACGAAAAGAAUUCCCGGGAGAAACGACGCGCCGCUGAAACAAACGAAGAGCCUCGGGGCUUGCAAACGCCUUUCGAGGUGAUGUUGCCAUACUACUGCAAGUACUUCUAUUUCAAGCCUCUGGCCCAUCUAUUACCCGGUCUCUCUGAGAGAUAUCCUGAAUUUGUUGAUGAGGCUCCACUCACACCCGAGAAUAUCCGGUCCGCCGAUAACAUCGAUGAGAAACGUCUUCUUAAAGUCGACCCAGAUAACGCGGUUCUUGUGGUUAUGAUCAGUACUCUACUAAGAGACUACGACGACGCAGACACCGCGAAAUGGUUUUACGAGCAUCUCAAAAAUCUGAUGAAGUCCCAGGAUCCCCUAGUUAUGCAGCUUACAAGAGCAAGUAGUGGCAGCUAUGCUCUACAUUUAUACAACACCAUCAUCAUGGCUCUGGGACGGCACGCGUCUAACAUACCACUUUGUCUUCAAAUCCUUGGUGAAAUGAGUCCACCUAAAGCAGAGCCUACCAAUGGUACGGGUAACAGCCUGGUUGGGAAGUCUCUCAGAGAUAAUGAAUCGCUUGUACCAAGACCGACUUCGGCAACUUGGGGCAUCCUUACGAACAUUUUCAUGGAUCAUCGUCAGCCACGUGCCGCAGAAAAAGUCAUCAGCAUGAUGCGGGAGCGAGGGAUUCAACCAACGACAAUGAACUGGGGAGUCUUGCUUAAAGGGUAUUCCCGCUUGCAAGAUGCUGAAGCCGUUGUGGGUGCAAUCCAGCGAACGGAACGGGCAGGAUUCUCAUUUGAGAAGGUCACACAGAGGGUGUUCAGACAAGUUGCCGAUAGACGUGCCCUUAUGGAGGGCAUUAGGAGGUACCAGCUUAUGAAGAUGAAGGAACAAGUCGAAACACCGCGGGUAGUCGCACCGCUGCAAGUGAGAAAGGAGCAUGCAUCCACAUCCAUUGAGGAGAUAGAUGUUGGAAAAUGUGGCAUUGGGGAUAUGGAGGUUCGAGAAGUGUUGUCUGAUGAAGAAAUUCUCUCUCAAUCAAACAAUCGACGCGCUAAUCGCGACAAGAAACGUUGGCCGGGCGAGUCUGAGGGAAACGAAGACGCUCAGUCACAUGCCGGCCGCACUCGUCGUCGCCAUCGAAAUCGGGGUGUAAGACAGACGGAGGCGCUCGAUCAUGAUAAACUAUUGAGCUAUCUGGCCGAAGAAAUAUCUUAA